GCCACCACUGCCCGGCUAUAUAUUAGCUUUUAAUUUCAUCUUUAUGUGUAUGAGUGUUUUGCCUGCUGUGUAGUGUGUCCGAGGAGACCAGAACAACGGCGUCUGUUCUGAUCACUUAGGACCUAAGUUUCAGACAGAUGCGAACUGCAAUGUGGCACCAGAAACUUCACUCUGGGUCCUCUGGAAGAGCAGUGAGUGUUCAUAACUGCUAAGCUUUCUCUCCAGCGUCAGACUAGUGUUUCUUACACUCAACGAGUAACUUAGCAUUUAUGUCCUUUCACGAAUAAAACAUGGUGUAUUACUGAAGUCUGAGAUCUGUGUUACGAAUUCUGCAAGGAUCUGUAUCAUUAGGGACACGGAACUGCAGGUAGUUUCUAUCGUUUCCUCUCAUUGCUGAAAAUUUCACUUAGCCAUCAAGAGCCUUUAUUUUAAAAAAAAAACUGUCAUACAAAUGAGUUAUUUUAAAAACCAUGCAUACACAUACUUUUAAUUUGAUAGAAACCUUUGACGAAAUGAAAAAAAGAAUAGGGCAAGAAAAUAACGGUCGGCCUCAACUGCCGCUUCCUGAUUGGCUAAAGUCUCUAACGGUCACCUGCUGCCUUAUAAGCCACACCCCCUUUUCUGGAACGUUCCUUAGAGCUUUACCCUCGUGCUUCUGGCGCUGGCUUCUCAUUCUGCGGUAAGGUUCUCUGGGGGUAGGACGGUCUCUGACCCACCUGCCACCUCUCAGAGCCUUGUUCUUUUCUGUGGCGUUGACAAUGGAACCCAGGGGUAUAGUGUGAUAGGUUUCGGACGGAAACAUGACCGACGUCUCGGACGUUAGGAAGCGGAAGAGCUGAAAGGAAACGGCAAGAGCUCUCGAUUGGUCGGACUUCCCCCUCAUUCCGGAAGUGACGCCACGCAUCGGGCUGCCUGGCCGGUGGUUCCCCGCCGCUGCUCUUUCCACCGCCCAUCCGCCCCCAUGGUCCGCCCCCUUGGCGUACCACAACAAGCAGGCCAUGGCGGGGGCGGGUUGAGGGCGGGGUCCGCUCUCGCGGCAGUGGCGGGUUGGGCGUUGCCUUGCACUUCCGUCUGCGGCUGCUCUUCUAGCCCGGGGCAUGGAGGUGGGCUAACGCCAGCCAGGCCUAGCCGGAAAUGUUCUUUUUUGGGGGCCAAAGUGUGAAUGUAUCUGAAUGCAGAGCCACAUCUAUUCACAGAUAAGCCCAGCAAUUGCAAAGAAGAUCACUUCUCUGUAGGAACAUUUGUCAAGCUACAGGUACAGAAUGAGCACAUGCUGUUGGUGCACUCCAGGUGGCUCUUCCACCAUUGAUGUCCUAAAGUGCUAUGCAUCUAGCACUGGACCAAGUGAAUUUCAAACAGCUGAUGAAGACCUCUGCUACUGCUUAGAGUGUGUGGCUGAGUACCACAGAGCCAGAGAUGAGGUGCCAUUCUUGCAUGAGGUUUUAUGGAAGCUAGAAACCUUCCGCCUCAUAAGUCACUUUGAGAAGUCCAUGAAGGGAGAAGCUGAAGAUGAUGAUGAUUUAUAUAUAGUAGACAACAAUGGAGAGGAACAGCUGUUUGACUGUAGUGGCCAAGAUUUUGAAAAUAAGCUUCGAGUUCCACUUUUUGAAAUACUGAAGUACCCUUACUUGCUUCUGCAUGAGCGUGUUAAUGAACUGUGUGUGGAAGCGCUUUGUCGAAUGGAACAAAACAAUUGCUCCUUUCAGGUUUUUGACAAAUAUCCAGGCAUCUAUUUGUUUUUGGUUCAUCCCAAUGAAAUGGUUCGGCGAUGGGCUAUUCUGACUGCAAGAACCCUGGGGAAGGUGGACAGAGAUGACUAUUAUGACUUACAGGAAGUUUUAACUUGCCUUUUCAAAGUCAUUGAGCUGGGGCUUUUGGAAAGUCCAGACAUUUACACAUCUUCUGUGCUUGAGAAAGGCAAACUGAUCCUUUUGCCUGCACACUUGUAUGAUACAACCAACUACAAAAACUAUUGGCUAGGUAUUUGCAUGUUGUUGACUAUUCUUGAGGAGCAAGCCAUGGAUUCACUGUUGCUGGGCUCAGACAAACAAAAUGAUUUUAUGCAAUCAAUUCUUCACACCAUGGAGAGGCAAUCGGAUGAUGACAGCAUGGAUCCUUUCUGGCCAGCAUUACACUGUUUCAUGGUGAUUCUUGAUCGCCUUGGUUCUAAGGUGUGGGGUCAACUUAUUGAUCCUAUAGAAGCAUUUCAAACCAUCAUUAACAAUGAGAGCUACAACAGAGAGAUCCAGAAUAUACGGAACAGCUCCUUAAGGACCAAGUUAGAGCCGGAGCCACAUUUUGAUGAUAUGGUGACGUGCAGCCAGAUUGUUUAUAACUAUAAUCCUGAAAAGACCAAAAAGGAUUCUGGGUGGAGAUCAGCCAUUUGUCCAGAUUAUUGUCCAAACAUGUAUGAAGAAAUGGAAACAUUAGCCAAUGUACUUCAGUCAGAUAUUGGUCAAGAUAUGCGUGUUCAUAACAGCACCUUUCUGUGGUUCAUACCUUUUGUUCAGUCACUCAUGGAUCUUAAGGAUUUGGGUGUGGCUUACAUAGUAGAAGUUAUUCAUCAUCUAUACUCAGAAGUCAAAGAUGUACUCAACCAAACAGAUGCUGUGUGUGACAAAGUCACUGAAUUUUUUAUUCUGAUUUUAGUAUCAGUGAUUGAGCUGCAUAGAAAUAAAAAAUGUUUGCAUCUUCUGUGGGUGAGUUCUCAGCAGUGGGUAGAAGCUGUUGUGAAGUGUGCCAAGCUUCCUACCACUGCAUUUGUACGGAGUUGUGAGAAGUCACCUGGAAGUACCCCUAGAGGACCAGCAAUAAUGUCAUCUUUGGCGUUGCAUUCAGUGCCAUCUAACUCUGUCCAGCUUGCUUGUGUACAGUUGAUUAGGGGCCUCCUCAAAGAAGGUUAUCAGCUUGGUCAGCAAACACUUUGUAAGCGGUUCUGGGAUAAGCUUAAUUUAUUCCUUCGAGGAAAUUUGUCUCUUGGUUGGCAAUUGACUGGUCAAGAAACCCAUGAAUUGCAAAUGUGUUUGAAACAAAUAAUUAGAAACAUAAAAUUCAAAAUGCCCCAAUAUAGCACUUUUGGGGAUCCAACUUCUACAUUCAAAACCCCUCCAUCUUUUAAAGAAGAAAGCGAACAAAUAGACAAGAAGCCUAAAAAAGACAUUUAUUGCUUAGAAAAUUGCAGCCCAAUAUCUUCUAAAGAGCCAAUGAAAGCUGACAGCCAUCGAGUAUUUAUUAAAGCAAAUACUACAGAAGAGGAGUCCUUCAAGCAGCAUUACAUUGAUUUGAAUGAAGAAGAGCCUCUUCCAGCUGAGUUGUGCUCGAAGCAGAAAAGUGAGGCUCUUUUUUCUGAAAGUGCUCAAGAGCAAGUUAAAAUAAGCACAGAGAAGUCUGGAAAAGAAAACUCUUCAUAUACACCACCAAAUAGUACUUCAAGAAGUGGUCCGGAUUGGGGAUGUGACAGAGGAGUGAUAAUAUCAACACAUUCAUUGACUGAUUCUAGCAGUGGUUUUAUGGAAAAGGUAUGUACAUCAAAAGAUGAUGUCCCAUUAAAGGAUAGCACUGUUGAUAAAACUUCAAAACCAAGUUUCAAAGUACAGAAAGAUGAAAUUUGUGCAAAGGAUGGCACUGUUGGUAAAACUUCAAAACCAAAUUUCAAAGUACAGAAAGAUGAAAUUUGUGCAAAGUUAUCACAUGUCAUAAAGAAGCAACACAGGAAAAGUACUUUGGUCAAUAACAUUAUCAAUCUAGAGGAAACUACAGCUAUGUCUGACCUUGAGAACUGUUCAGGAACAGGUAGAGGAGCUCUAAAGAAAGAUAGCACUGAACAUGUGUCUUCAGACCCUGUUCUAGACGAUGAGCGUGAAGAGCAAAAAUCUCAAAACAGUUCAUUGUUCAAGAAAGAGAUAAAAAGUGAGGAGUUGGAUAAUAGUUCUGAUGAUGAAGACAAGCUUCAAAUCCAGGAAGGCCAUGCUGACAAUGACUUGGUAUCAUUUACAGAAGUUGCUGAUACACUGGUGAAGAAAACUCCAUGUGAGGGUCCUGCAAAGGUGGUUAGAUCACGAGAUAAGGAAAUGAGGGCGAAUACAGUGGUGACUUCUAACUUGGUAGAAGGACAGGUGCCUCAUGAUAAUAGCAAGCCUUUGGUUGCAGAUCGUCAAAUAGACCUCUGUAACAUAACUUUAAUAUCUCAAACCACUGUUAUUCAAUUUCCAUCAGGUUUAAGUAAACAGGAUUCAUUUCAGCUACAAAAGGAUGAUAAAAGAUAUCUGACAGCUAACCAAAACAGUGCUGCCACCUCCCAUGGACAAAUUAUUGUUAUUUCAGAUUCUGACGAAGAAAAUGAAGAUGAUGAAAAUGAAGAUGAGAGAAGUUGUAAUGAGGAAAAUAUCAAACAGACCAAAGAAUACAUGGAGAAAGAAUGUUCAGAGCAGCAUGGUUUGGAAAAGAAGCUUGAAAAAGAAGAAACAACAUGUGUUGUAGAAUUUGAAGACUCUGAAUCUCAGGUUUUUGAGUUUGAAAGUUCAUCUGAAGUCUUUUCAGUUUGGCAAGAUCAUAAAAUAGACAGCAAAACUUCACUUCAGGAGGAACAAAAGAGCCGUAUAACUCAUGCAGCUGAUAGUACGAACAAUAACUUGGGUUGUGGUGUAGACUCUGUUUCUGAAGAGGUUAGAAACAAAGAAGAGGGUGUUAAAGAGCAUGCAGAACCACACAGUAGUGUUGCUGCUGAGGAGUUGUGUAAAACUGGAGUAAGAAAACGUAAGAGGAAACGAUGUGACAAAGUGACAGCUGAAGAUCCUCAGAGGCCUUCCUCUUCUGUUGGAACUGAACAGUCGGUUGAUCACAGAGAUCUUACUGGAAGUGAUUUAAAGAGUGCAGACAUGGAGAUGGCAGUUCCCAGUUCAAGUGUUGAGAGAGAUUCUACAGUUUUACAGAAGUCUACAAAGUCUCGUACUCACUCAAAACCUGUUAGGAAAGUUCCAGCUGCUAAGGCUACUAAGAAAACACAUUCAGACACCAGAAGAGGACAGAAUAAGAGUUCAUGUUACAUAAGUUGUAGAACUUCUCCUGCUAUUGUGCCACCAAAGAAGUUUCGUCCGUGUCCAGAGCCAACUUCAACAGUUGAAAAACUUGGUCUGAAAAAAGCUCCUCGGAAGGCAUUUGAGUUGUCCCAGAGGUCUCUGGAGUGCAUAGUCCAAUUACGUGACCAUGGCAAGACUGUUGGAGUUGUUGAUGCCCCCAAAAAAACUAAAUUAAUUUCUCCUCAGACUCUUUCUAUCAAAAAUAAUAAGAAGCUUCUGACAAGCCAGGAUCUUCAAUUUCAAAGGCUCAUGAGAUCCAGAUCACAUCAAAAACGAGACUUUGAUUACAAAAAUACUGAUACUGUAAGAGCAGUGUCACGCAUAGUACAGGGUUCAGAUGUACUUGCAGCAGACUCUGAUGAGCCAGAUAAUCAUAGAGGGAGCGAGCCACUUGCUAUCAGUAAUGAAAAACAAUUAGCAAAAUGUGUGCUUUCCAAACCAGAAGUAGCAGAAGCCUCUUCAGAUUCUUGGGUGACAGGUAUAACUUGUCUUGUGAACCAGUGUGAGUCUAGAGUGUUAAGUGGAGGAGUGCCAACAGAUGUAGUGAUGGUCUCUGCUUCAGAGGACCCUGUGGGUGGAGGUGCUCUCACAGUGCAAGUUGGGGAGGUGGCAGCUGUGAAAGCCACAGAGCCAGAGUCCAGUAGUGAUACAGAUGAUGAUGACAAUUUAUUUCUAACACAACAUGAUCCUCAAGAUAUGGAUCUGUGCUCACAGUUGGAAAAUAAUAAAACCAUUAUCGUGGCUCAUAAAGAUACAGUUCAGAGAGAAGAUUCUUUAGGUCGGCCUCAGUCAGAAUCUUUGAGUAUUACAAAGUGUAAAUACAAAGACUGUGUUGAAACCAUAAAAAACCAGGGUGAAUACUGCCCAAGACACACUGCAGCUAAAGCAGCAGAUGACAGCCUGUUCCGUAAGCCUGGCUUGCCUCUUUCUGUAGCCAGGCCUAUGCGACCCACUACUACCAAAAUAUUUAGCUCAAGCAGCGCUUCACGAACAGCCAAUCUUUCCAAGUCUUUGGAAAGUACCACACUUCAGUCGGCACUAAAAAGUAAGUCAAGUGGAGCACAGCCUAAUUUGAAAGUGAUACCACCCUCUUCCAUGAGUUCUCAGAAGCCAGUGGCUGAGGUGAAAAGUCUAUGCAAUAUUUUUCAUUUUCAGACUCCAAGCAGUUCCAACAAACAGAGAAACAAGCUUACAUUUAGUGAGAACAGGCCCACGUCAGCUUCUUCUCCAGUGAACAUUCUCUUGCCAUCGCAGUCUAUCUUUGAUACCUUCAUUAAAGAGGUCUUAAAAUGGAAAUACCAAAUGUUUUUGAACUUUGAUAAGUGUGGUGCUCCAACAAGUCUCUGCCAGUCUAUCUCAAGACCUGUGCCUGUCCGAUUUCAAGAUUGUACAGAAUAUUUUAAUGUUUUUCUACCUUUGAUUAUAUUGAAUGCUUUUGAAACAAUGGCACAGGAAUGGUUGAGCUCUCCAAAUAAAGAGAAUUUCUAUCAGUUGCAUUUACGAAAAUUUCCGGCUGACUAUAAAAAAUACUGGGAGUUUCUGAUUUACUUGGAGGAAUCUGAACUAGCUAAACAGCUUCACCCAAAGGAAAAUGAUCUGGUGUUCUUGGUUCCUGAGAAGAAGUAUAUGGACAGGCAUGAUAUGCAAGAUUACAAUCACUAUUACUGUGGCUAUGUGCAUAAGUUUCGUCGUACUUCAGUCAUGCGCAGUGGGAAAGCUGAGUGUUCAUUAUGCAUCCAGACACAAAAUAACUUGCCAGCCAGUGUAAAAGAACUUACAAAAUGUAUUGUAAUCAGUUCUCUGGUAACUACACAGAGGAAAUUGAAAGCCAUGUCUCUGUUGAGUAGUCGGAACCAGUUGGCCAGAGCUAUUUUAAAUCCAAACCCCAUGGACUUCUGUACCAAAGAUCUACUAACUACAACGUCUGAAAGAAUUGUGAGUGCUGAUUUGAAUGAAGCCAAGAAAAUUGCCUACUUAAAAGACUUUAAUGAAGACCAGAAGAAAGCCAUAGAAACUGCAUAUGCCAUGGUGAAGCACUCACCAUCCGUUGCCAAAAUCUGUCUGAUUCAUGGACCACCUGGAACAGGAAAAUCAAAAACUAUUGUUGGUCUCUUGUACCGCUUAUUGACAGAGAGCCAGAGGAAGGGCCAUUCAGAUGAAAAUUUCAAUGCCAAAAUCAAACAAAAUCGAGUCCUCGUGUGUGCGCCUUCCAAUGCAGCGGUUGAUGAACUUAUGAAAAAAAUUAUCCUCGAGUUCAAAGAAAAAUGUAAAGACAAGAAGAAUCCUUUGGGAAACUGUGGAGAUAUAAACUUAGUACGACUGGGUCCAGAAAAGUCUAUUAAUACAGAGGUCCUAAAAUUCAGUUUGGACAGCCAAGUCAACCAUAGAAUGAAAAAAGACUUGCCUUCUCAUAUUCAAGAAAUGCUUAGAAGAAAAGAAAUUCUAGAUGCUGAACUUGAUGAUCUUUCUCGUCAGCGAGCUCUGUGUCGAGGUGGGCGGGAGAUACAGAGGCAAGAAUUAGAUGAACACAUUGUCAUAGUUUCAAAAGAAAGGCAAGAACUUGCUUCAAAAAUUAAAGAGGUUCAAGGACGCCCACAGAGAGCACAGAAUACCAUCAUCUUGGAGUCCCAUGUCAUUUGCUGCACAUUGAGCACUAGUGGUGGUUUAUUGCUUGAGUCUGCUUUUCGAGGUCAAGGGGGUGUCCCCUUCAGUUGUGUCAUUGUAGAUGAGGCUGGGCAGUCUUGUGAAGUUGAGACACUUUCUCCACUCAUCCACCGCUGCAAUAAACUUAUCCUAGUAGGAGACCCCAAACAGCUCCCUCCCACAGUCAUCUCUAUGAAAGCACAGGAGUAUGGCUAUGACCAGUCGAUGAUGGCACGAUUCUGCAAGCUGCUGGAAGAGAAUGUGGAGCAGAACAUGAUUGGCAGGCUGCCGGUAUUACAGCUUACCAUUCAGUACAGGAUGCAUCCAGACAUAUGUCUCUUCCCUUCGAAUUAUGUUUAUAACAAGAACCUGAAGACAAAUAGAUUGACCGAAUCCAUUCGAUGUUCAUCAGAUUGGCCAUUUCAGCCCUACCUCGUGUUUGAUGUUGGAGAUGGUUCAGAACAACGGGAUAAUGACUCAUACAUAAAUGUUCAAGAAAUAAAGUUGGUGAUGGAACUAAUUAAACUUAUUAAAGAGAAAAGAAAAGAUAUUUCCUUCCGAAAUAUUGGCAUAAUAACCCAUUACAAGGCUCAGAAGACGAUGAUCCAGAAGGAUUUGGAGAAAGAAUUUGAUAAGAAAGGUUUAUUACAGCCCAUCUUGAUGGGAGAAUCAAGGCAGCAAGACUCUGAAGUAUCCAAGCAGCAGCAGAAGAGCAGUGAAUGUAUGCAUGCUAGUGAUGAGCUCGGUUCCUCCACUGUUACACAGUCCGGGAUCUCCAGCCUAGAGAAUGGUGCCACCCACACUGGACCUGCAGAAGUGGAUACGGUAGAUGCCUUCCAAGGCCGGCAGAAAGAUUGUAUCAUCGUUACCUGUGUCAGGGCAAGUGCUGUGCAAGGCUCAAUAGGAUUCCUGGCAAGUUUGCAGAGAUUGAAUGUCACCAUUACACGAGCCAAGUACAGCCUCUUUAUCCUUGGACAUUUGAGGACUCUGAUGGAAAACCAGCAUUGGUAUGAACUAAUUCAGGAUGCUCAGAAGCGUGGUGCCAUUAUUAAGACCUGUGACCCAAACUAUAGACACGAUGCAAUGAAAAUUUUAAAACUGAAGCCUGUGCUACAGAGGAGUCUGACCCAUCCCCCAGCCACUGCACCAGAGGCACCCAGACCUCAGGGUGGCUUGCCCAGCAACAGGCUGGACAGUGGACUUGCUACAACAUCUUUUGCUGCUUCUUUGUAUCACACACCCUCUGAUACUGUCACUUCAAAGGAACCUGAAAGGCCACUUCUUCAAGACCGACUUCGAGAUCCACGACUACUUAGGAGACUUGAUGCUGAAGCCAAAGGAGCAUCCCUGAAAGACCCACAGCCUGUGAGCCCCCAGCUCCCUGGGGUAGUUCAUCUCUUGGGAGGGCCUGGCUUUCCUGUGGUUUUCCAGGACCCAGGUUUUGUUGUACCACCAUCCACUGCCAUCGUUGCUCCUCUGGGCAGCCACAGGUCACCUAUGCAGGCUGAGCCACCACCUGCUCACCCUGCUGCUGCCGCCUCCACAAGUAAGAGGAAGUACAGUGACCCAGAUGUUGGGCUCAGCUACAGAAGAGAGCCCAGGGCCUUCAGUGGAGAGCACGGGAGACAUGGCUCUGUGAGUCAUCACAUGCUGAGAAGCACUGACCGGGACAGGAGGAGGCUGGAUGACAGCAAUGCCAAGAGGAGACGGUUUCUAUAGUAGCGCCUGGUGAUGAAACUGUCUUCCACAGGCUAGCUAGUAGCACUGUACAGAUAAGCUGGGUUUUGUUUUUGUUUCCCUUGAAGAUGGAAAUACCCUCUCACUCUUGGUCUGUUUGUUGUUUUCAGUAAGUACUUUUGUCAGUUGUAUACACUUGGAGAGGGCAUUUGUAUACCUGUAAUCUUGUUCUUGAGGUCAGAAAUUCAAAAUAUUGGGAACUUUUAUUCUGUAGAAGAGGUCAGAUCAGAGUGAGUACAAGUGAGUACAAGUAAAAGUUAAACUGAAUAAUCCAUGUAGCAAAUGGAAAAUCCUUUUAAAAUGUAAACUGGUAGACCACACAUUUCCUGCCUCAGCCUAAAACAUUGGUCAUUUUCCAACAGAACAAACUUCAUAUUUAAAGAGAGGAAGACAGGUCCUGUCAACCAUUGUGUGGUAGACAAGUUUAACAGCCUCCGUACUGGGAGCUAGCCAAGUUUGAACCAAUGGCCAGUGUCUCAAGCUGGGGUUUCCUGGGCCUUUAGAAAGCAAUAUGUUGGGAAUUGUGCUCAUGGUGCUCUGUGAGACAAUGCAGCUUGGCACAGGAUAUUACUGUGACAAGUUCAUUUACCUAUACUUGUGUAUGACUUAGUUUUCUGGCUAAAUAUCUUUCCCUUCUCAAAACGGAAGAACAAUUCUUGAGUGGUCAUUCAUGCUUCCAAUAUUUUGUGAGGUUGGUUUAACUGGGGAAUUGUAGAUAUGCUUAGCACAUGGAGGAUUUGUGCUGGCUUGGCCUGGCCUGGAAGAGUUCAUUUAUGAUGCUUGUGAAGGCUUGAGAGUUGCCAGGAAAAUCCAAAAGGAUGCAUUUCAAGGGAUUCCAUGGGAGCUACAUGGGGGCAGAGCAGAUAAACUCUGUGAGAAAGAAGAGCAGCCAUCUGGACUGCAGGACCAUCCAGUAGGUAGAUGAAAGUGCAAUCUGUGUUGCGUCACUGCAGGCACUAGACUCCUGUUAGACCUGGUGUGCUUGUAAGAGGAAAGCAGAGGGGCCUGGAAGUCAGGAAAAGGGAUGGAGGGCUGCUUAACCAGUCUCUGCAUAGAAGAGCAUGUGAGUCUGAGGUCUUUCAUGACUACUGUACACACAGCCUGUUAGCUACCUUGAGAUAGACAGCCCUAGAAAUUAGUGCUCACUGUUUGGAGGGAGUUUUGUCAUCUGUUUUGUCACAAGGUUUUUGUGUUAGAAAUUCUGCUGAAGCAGGUUUUGUUAAGAGCUUUGAAAAAACUGCAUUUUGCCAAGUUUCAACACUUGAGUUUCCUGAUCUUUUCCACUAGUGCCCAGACAUGAACCCCAAUAUCUGCUGAACACUUGUAAAACUGGGGAAAUAGGCACCUUCUCAGAGCACUUCAGCCUCCUGGCUGUCCCCAGCUAUGUGGGAAAGAAAUCCUAGCACAGGGAUUCAGUAAGCUGUGCGUGACAUUGGCAGGAGACCUCACUGUCGCUUGAAAUUUUCUAGUGCCUGUGGGAAGUGCUCAGUUUAGCAGACUUGUGAAGGUAACCACCUAAAAGCCAAAAGCAUGCUUCUGAGAGGGGCAUUUAACAAAAGAGCAAUAGCCAGGGCAUUUCCCACUCUAGAGACCAAGAAAUACGUUUUUAAAAAGUUUUUCCAAAACUUGUAGUUGGCUGCUCUCCACUAAGUAUGUUGUAGGACAUUGUGUGUUCAUCUGCCGGCUCACAGCUAGCCACAUCAGAGUAUUGGAAUUUGUAUUGCACCCUGCUUAUUUUGUGAGUGUAAGGGCUGCUGGGAUUAGACUGUGGCCAAAGGAUCUUCCUUUCCAGCAAGCAAACCUUGCCUUAGAACUAUCAGCAGAAUGCAGUUGCAUAACAUUAGAUUUGAAACCUCAGUUGGUAAAGGUAUUUGCAGAAAGUGUUUGCUAUGUCAAGUGGCCUUUCCUGACAGUGCUGUCAGAAAUGGUUAACCCUGACAAGAUGAAAAGUUCACUUUGUCCUUGCUGUGGUUAAAAGAACAUGCCCCGACUACUUUCAAAUGUUAUUUCAAGGUGAAUGUAUUAUACUUGUCUUAUUUUGCUUCUCUUUUGAUUUACCACAGUCUAUUCAGUUAUGUUUUCAUGAAUUAUCAGGAGUAAAUUUGAACAAAAACAUGUGAAUAACCUCCUGUAAAUGUGUUUUAUAACAAGAGUGUGCUAAACUAUUUUCUAAAAAUUACUUGUGCAUUUUGAGAAUCUUUCUGUAGCUUUGUGUUUUGUAUGCUCUGGAUUCAUAACUGGAUUUUGGCAAAUAGUAAACCUGUUAUCUUUGUUAAAACCUAAAACUUAAGAGAAAAUGGCAGAAAUAAAAACAAACAAGAAAACUG